UCACAAGCACUAUUCCCAUUCCCAAAUUUCCUUCCUUCCAAAAUCUCCAUUGCAAAACAAAAAAAAUGGCGGGUGAGGUGCUGGUGGAGAAGCAGGAAGAACAAUCUCUAAAGCUGAAAGUCACUAACAAAAGCCAUGUGAAACCUGAGGAGAAAAUUGGGAAAAAAGAGUACCAGCUGGUGACUUUUGACCUCCCUUACUUAGCUUUUUAUUAUAACCAGAAGCUCUUGUUUUACAAAGGGGAAGGGUUUGAGGGACUGGUUGAGAAACUGAAAGAUGGGCUUGCUGUAGUUUUAAAGGAGUUUCAUCAACUUGGUGGUAAGAUUGGGAAAGAUGAGGAGGGUGUGUUUAGGGUUGAAUUUGAUGAUGAUUUGCCUGGGGUUGAGGUCAUUGAGGCUGUUGCUGAUGAGGUUGCUGUGGCAGAUCUCACUCUUACUGAGAGUAGCAGCAUUUUGAAGGAGCUGAUUCCUUACAGUGGUGUCUUGAACUUGGAAGGCAUGCACAGGCCCUUGCUUGCAGUUCAGUUCACCAAGCUCAAAGAUGGGCUUGCCAUGGGCUUGGCGUUCAACCACGCUGUCCUAGACGGGACUUCCACGUGGCACUUCAUGAGUUCAUGGGCUGAGAUCUGUUGCGGCGCACCCUUCCCAUCAGUCCAGCCCUUCCAAGAGAGGACCAAGGCCCGAAACACGCGCAUGAAGCUUGACCUCUCCUUACCUGAGCCCAAAAGCCCACCCCCUUCAGCCAAUGGAGAUGCGAAGCCGGAGCCCGUGCUUAGGGAAAAAAUCUUUAAGUUCUCUGAGUCAGCCAUUGACAAGAUCAAGUCAACGGUCAAUGAGGCCCCUCCAUCGGAUGUUUCAAAACCAUUCUCAACAUUCCAAGCUCUCUCCACUCACAUUUGGCGCCACGUGACCCACGCGCGUAGCUUGAAGCCUGAAGACUACACGGUGUUCACCGUCUUCGUGGAUUGCCGGAAACGGGUGGACCCACCAAUGCCAGAGGCUUACUUCGGAAACCUUAUCCAGGCCAUAUUCACCGUCACGGCGGUCGGGCUUUUGUCAGCCCACCCGCCGCAAUUCGGCGCUACAAUGAUCCAAAAGGCCAUUGAAGCCCAUGAUGCUAAAGCUAUUGAUGAACGCAACAAGGACUGGGAGAGUGCUCCCAAGAUUUUUCAGUUCAAAGAUGCUGGGAUAAAUUGUGUGACUGUAGGGAGUUCACCAAGGUUCAAGGUCUAUGACAUUGAUUUUGGAUGGGGGAAGCCCGAGAUUGUGAGGAGUGGGCCUAACAAUAAAUUUGAUGGGAUGAUUUAUUUGUACCCAGGGAAGAGUGGAGGGAGGAGCAUUGAUGUGGAACUAACUUUGGAGCCCGAGGCUAUGGGUAGGUUGGAGCAAGACAAGGAGUUUCUUAUGGAGGUAUAAAAGUGCUAUGGUACAAGGCAAUAAAAUGUGGGACAGAGAAACAGGUUGUAGUUGAAGUACUACUAGCUACUCUGAUUGUUUAAGGGAUCCAUUUACUUUAUUCUUCAGUUAUGUAUUCUGAUUCGUGUGUUGGGAAGGGUGAAUUUGUGGUGUUUUUAUCUUCUAGAAUAGGAGUUUGCAUUUGGUGGUUAAUUUUGUGCUUGAUUGAUUUUGAAGCUGCUAAUUGAUGUUGUUCAAAUUAUGUACUUGGUCUAUAUAUGAUUUGCAUAGUAUCUCCCAGUGCAAGAAUAAUGAAAAUAUUGUGAGUUUUUAAUUA